AUGGAAUUUGAGGAAUUAAAUCUGCCUCGUCCAAACAUUGAAAUUCCUGAGGCAAAGGCCAAUUUAUUUUCUUUGAUUACUUGUUGGUGGGCCAACAAUUUAAUGAGAUUAGGUUGUAAAUGUCCUUUGGAAAAAGAUGAUCUAUAUGUUUUAAAUGAAAAGAGAUCUGCUAAAAUUAUUACAGACAAAUUUGAAGUUGAAUGGCAAAAAGAAAUUCAAAAAAUUGCAAUGUUAAUAUUAAACUUUGUUACUGAAGCAUACUUUGCUAACUUAAAUAACGACAUCCAACCACCUGCAUAUGUUGGCUAUGUAUUAAUUGUUGUCCUGUUCUUAAUGAAAAUGAGUGAUGAUAUUUUGUUUGUCUUUAGUCUUAAUUGUGGAUUGGAAACUGGUUUCCUCUCUUGCACUAUUCUCAUAACUGCUAUUUAUCGGAAAGCUUUAGUUAUAAGUGGAAAAGCUAAAA